CUGGGCAGUACAGCAGGUACCAAACACUAUGGCAGUUCACGUGAGCACUGUAAAUAUGUGAGAGGGUCAAAAUUCAAAAAAGCCCUUUAAAAACCACAUGGACCACUAACACAAAAUUAUGUUUCUUUGAUUUCUGCCAGAACAGCUCUGUAAAUUCAGCAAUAAUUUUUCUAAGAAGGAUCCAGAAAUAAAAUACACACUGUAGUACUGCAUAGGGUGUGAUGGGAAAAUGACCAAAUACUUUUGUAUAAUUCUAGUUACUAUAUCCAAAGGAUGAUACAGAACAAUAAUUUGUCUUUACGCUGCACGGGCAAAGCUGAGCACCCAAAGCAGUCCCCUUGUCCCAGUCAGAUUGAAGUGGUAGGUUCCAAAAACACACUUUUAUAUUUAUGUCUGCCAUAGCAUCUCAAACGUUAGCAGUCACUUCAGCUGCUUCACCGACAGAGACUUUGAGCUGUUUAAUGCACCUGAUGCUGAUCAUUCCUGCCUGGGGCCAUGGUGAAAAGCAUUCACUAGUCACUGCUUUUUUUACUCCUGGGCAUUUUGCUAGAGGCAUUCAAUGGGCAGAGCAUAUUUCUUUUUCUUUUGAGAUUAGAAAUGAUGUGAAAUACUUAUGAGUUAAUCAUUUUUUAGCUUUAAAUCCGUUUGCCUUGAGUUUCUAGAGAUUAGCUUCAGGGCUGGAGAAGAAUGUUUCCAGGUGAAUCUGAUUUGGUUCUGACAGUUGUGACAGAUGCAGUUCAUUUGGGGGAGGGAGGGAAAAUGGUGAAGGGAGGAUAAAAGGCUUUGGAAGCCAGUUUAGAGUCCUUUCUUUUGGGGAAGUUUUCUGGUCUUCUGUCUUAGUAGCUGCCUGUUGUUUUUGCCUACAUAUUAUGCCAUCACCUAUUCCUCUUAAUUGUUUUCUUUCUUUUGAGUAUUCCCCCUCUGCAAAUUUGCGCCCCUGCAGCAGCCCUUUAGUUAUCUCUGGCAAAGACAGCAAAAGCUUUUUGGGGGGAGCUUCUUCAGCCAGGACUCGUCGCUUGCCUCCACGCCUGUCCUGGUGCUCCAUUGACUGGGAGCAGCUCUGCCUCCUGCAGCCACUAGGAUCUGGGGGCUUCGGCUCUGUCUACAAAGCCACCUACCAUGGUGCGACAGUGGCUGUGAAGCAGGUGAAGAAGAGCAGCAAAAACCGGCUGGCAUCGCGGCAGAGCUUCUGGGCUGAGCUGAACGUGGCCCAGCUCCAGCACGAUAAUGUGGUACGUGUGGUGGCUGCCAGCACGUGUGCCCCAGCCAGCGAGAACAGCCUGGGCACCAUCAUCAUGGAGUAUGUGGGUAACAUCACUCUGCACCAUGUGAUUUAUGGCACUGGGGGUGCAUGGAGGCAGGGGGAGGAUGAUGAAGGUGGAUGUGGAAGGAAGGCCCUGAGCAUGGGAGAGACUGUGUGCUAUUCGUGUGACAUCAUGACAGGCUUAGCCUUUCUGCACUCGCAGGACAUUGUGCACUUGGACCUGAAGCCUGCAAACAUUUUCAUCACUGAGCAGGGAGUGUGCAAGAUUGGAGACUUUGGGUGCUCCCAGAAACUGGAGAAGGGCUUGUCCCAGAGCACUUAUGCUUGCCAGCAGGGAGGCACGUACACACACCGUGCCCCUGAGCUCCUCAAGGGCGAGAGGGCGACUGCCAAAGCGGAUAUCUACUCGUUUGCCAUCACCCUCUGGCAGAUGGCCAUGCGGGAGCAGCCGUACCUGGGGGAGCGGCAGCACGUGCUCUACGCCGUGGUCGCCUACAGCCUGCGCCCUUCGCUGGCCGCCGAGGUGUUCCACGAGUCCCCCGUGGGCCAGACUCUGCACAGCAUCAUCAGCUGCUGCUGGAAGGCCAACGUGGAGGAGCGCCCGAGUGCAGACCAGCUGCUUCCCAGCCUCAGGGCCCUCAAACAGAGCCUCUAGGAAAACUCAGGACUCUUUAUAUUCCUCUUCUCAGCUUUUCUGUCCCUCCACCCUUCCUCUGAAUAUAAUUAAUUUAGCCCCGGUGUGAUCUGAAGGCUUUGUUGCUGUUUUUUAUACUUGGGGAAAAAAAAGAAGCCAAACUGUUUUGAUAUAAAGAGAUUUAAUGAAACUGUGGGGUUUUACCCUGGGAGGGGGUAGAGGUAAAGCUAAAGAUGUUAGCAGACAUGACUUUUUCUGGUUGAUGUGUUGUGUGCUGCCUUGCUCACUAGGAAAUGUGAUGUGCAGAAAAAUUGUUGGUUGUAAGUAAGUGAAGUACAAAUAAGGGUCUGUCUUUGGAAGGUUCUUUAUAUAUAAUACCUUUUGAUAUUUUUAAAAUCUCAAAUAUGAGUAGUUCUUGACACCAGCUAGGGUAGUGCAUUUGAGCUUUUCCUCUUCAUUUACCAAGGAAUGAGUAGGUAUCACAAAUCAAUGAAUGCAGCAAAAUAAACAGUGUCAGUGGUCUAUUUAACUUUGUUUUUUAGAUAUGCUUAAUUUCAGUAAGUAUGCUGCUUCUGAUAUGGAAAAUGUGAGCUACUCACAUACUUCUUUAGAUAAAGAACCUUUUUGUCAGUCUAAGGCUACUAAGAGUUAUGAAGAUGCAGUAACAACCUGUCCUUUUUAUAAGACUUCCCUGCUACCAGGUGUGUUAGCAGCAACUUGCUAGUUGGAACAUUGUAAAUUCUGAAGUAUUAGAAGGUUUUGUGCAGAACAGAGUUUUUAAUGAAGGGGGGAAAAGAAUGGUCAAGUGUGGAUUAUUUUGCUUUAUAACCCAUGGCUCAGCAUUGGACAAGACACUGGAAGUACUUGAAAGGAAGUUUGCUUACAGCACUAAUAAUGUUCCUGUGCUGGUGCUCAAAGCAUAAACUGCUGAACUAUCCUCUGCACUGCCUAUGUCUUAUCUGCUAUCUUUCCUAAUCUGGUUGUAGUGUGUCUGGGAAAGGAAGUGCUGUAGGCAACGCUGAAGUAAAAAACCUCUGAUCCCUGACUUAUCAGAACUGAUAAUUGUACAUCUGAGCCCUUAUCUGGAGCUGCCUGCUGUAGCUGAUAUUGCCAUUCUGCUCAAAGCCUCUGUUUCUUUUUAAGACAGGAGAAAGAGUGAUGUUUCAGUCAAAUUGUUUUUCUUCUUUACCCUUCCUCCCCCUUGCUUCCAUUCUGGAAAAAAAAAAAACCCAAAGGAAUUGAGCCAGUUUCCUGAUUUCUGACACACAUCUGUUCUUAGCCCCGUGAAAUCCUGGAAAUGAGCAACUAUGUGAAUUUGAGAUGAUUCUGUAGGUCUUUAUGGUAUUUGGGUUGGUAAUUGAAAUUAAUGGUUUAUAAAGCAUAUCUAAGCUUAACUAUUUCUUGGUCUUCUGUCCCCCUUAAGUGGAAAUAGAAAAUGCUGGCUGGAAUAAAAAAUACUGAGGUAAAUUCUGGAAAAAGUUUCCUGUGUUUCUCUGUCAAAAUAAUUAUGUUAUAGAACCAGAACUUUUUUGUGUGUGUGUGAAUGUUUUAUAAUUUAUUUAAUAAAGAAGUUGUUUUAUAGGUGUUAUAGUAAGUCAGUUACCUUUUGAA